AUGUCCGUCUUGGCCAUCGAGUCGGCGCCACAUCUGCAGCAGAAAACGGAGCAACAACCAUUACAGGGGAAGAUCCAGGAGCAUGAUCAGGACUCGUCGUCAACGCAGGCAGACGGAUCGUUGUUAAGGAGGACCCAUCGACAUAUCUACAUCGCAGUGCCCUCACCCACGACCCCGACGCUGAUCGACGUAUACGAUAUUGUCAAGCCCGAGAGAACAUUUGCAUCCAUUGGCGGCAACAGCAACACAAGCUCCUCGGUAUCAGGGGAGACUGUCAAGAAAUGGGGAUCUGUAAUGGCCAUUCAGUUGUUUCAGACGCGGUAUGCGGUGUCGUGUGGAUCGGAUAACGUUCUUGCAAAGUACGAUCUUGACGGCUCGUUGCAGGGGGUGCCUGAGGUCACUCAGGUCGCCUUGAAGGCGAAUGGUAUUGCGGAUAUCAAGAUCCGAAGCGAUAAUAAGAUCAUUGGACUUGCUGGGUGGGAUGGAAGGAUACGAGUGUAUUCAGCAAAGACACUGAAGCCACUAGCAGUGCUCAAGCAUCAUAGAGAGAGUCUCUACUGCCUUGCGUUUGCAGCUGUCAAUAGUGUCGAAUCGGCUGCCGCUGGAACGGAUGCCGACGUAUCAAGUGGAGAAUACGAUGGAAAACAGCCAUUGGAAACGCGAGAUGGUGGUCAUGCCGAGAAGAAGGAGGAUGGUAGUGACGCUUGGAGCGAUAGUGGAAGCGAUAGUGAAAGCGAAGAGGAAGACAACAGCGAUUUGGAGGAUGCGUUGGAGGAAAGACGGCGAUGGUCUAGGCGACAUUGGAUUGCUGUUGGAGGCAAGGAGAAUAGGGUCAGCCUCUGGGAGCUGUACUAAGGAUAUAAAAUCCAGGGACGAUGGUGACACGAAUCGUAAUCCUGCUGCUGUUUUUAUGCACUGCUGCCCAUUUGUUGUCAUGGGCUGCAUUCAAACAGACAUUUUCGGUCCUUAAUCGUCAUCGCCACCACAGCCCAUCUCAACGUUUCCUUUGACAACGUCGAAGAAGAGACGCAUCGUUCGUAUAAGGCAUAAACGCUUGGAGGCGUAUCUUGGAGAAUGAAGGCGUAGCAGGUUAUCGUCGAAUUGGUUCAUUUGCCAGUGCCCG